AAAGGAAUGAUGGGAAAAGUACUGUAUGUGUGAAUCUAUCAGUCUCAUCAGCCUCGCUUUAUCACUACACAAGCACAAUUACAGUUUACAAUUAAAUAUAAAUUAGAAAUGGCGGGAAGCGCUGGAGAAUGGUGUCUUAUGGAAAGUGACCCGGGAGUUUUUACAGAGCUGAUCAAAGGAUUUGGGUGUAAAGGCGCACAGGUUGAGGAGAUAUGGAGCAUGGAACCAGAGAACUUUGAAAAUCUCAAGCCUGUUCAUGGUCUGAUUUUCCUCUUCAAGUGGCAACCUGGCGAGGAGCCAGCAGGGUCAAUAGUUCAAGACUCAAGGCUGGAUCAGAUUUUCUUUGCCAAGCAGGUUAUCAAUAAUGCCUGUGCGACCCAAGCAAUCGUCAGCGUGUUGUUAAACUGCACACAUUCUGAUAUGCAUCUUGGGGAAACGCUGACAGAAUUUAAAGAGUUUUCACACAGUUUCGAUGCUGCAAUGAAGGGUCUUGCUCUCAGUAACUCUGAAGUGAUUCGACAAGUUCACAACAGCUUUGCCAGACAGCAGAUGUUUGAGUUUGACGCCAAGUCAUCGUCUAAAGAAGAAGAUGCUUUUCACUUUGUGAGCUAUGUUCCUGUUGAUGGCAGACUGUAUGAGUUGGAUGGGCUUCGUGAAGGACCUAUUGAUCUAGGUGCAUGUAACCAAGAUGAUUGGAUCAGUGUUGUACAGCCAGUCAUUGAGAAAAGGAUACAGAAAUACAGUGAGGGAGAGAUUCGUUUCAACUUGAUGGCUAUUGUAUCGGACCGCAAGAUCAUUUAUGAAAAUAAGAUUGUUGAACUUCAGGCCCAGCUCACAGAAGAAGAGCCAAUGGACACAGACCAGAGUGGAAAUCAUCUUAGCUCCAUCCAAUCAGAAAUCGCCAAGUAUCAGCUCCUUAUUGAAGAAGAGAACCAAAAGCUUAAAAGAUACAAAAUUGAAAACAUCAGAAGGAAGCACAACUACUUGCCCUUUAUUAUGGAGUUACUGAAGACAUUGGCUGAAUAUCAGCAGCUGAUACCUUUGGUUGAAAAGGCAAAGGAAAAACAAAGUGCUAAAAAAGUACAAGAAGCGAAGUAACAACAUUGUUUUGACCCUGUUUAAUUUUUGCCACGGAAUCACUUGAUGUGCACUUGUCAUCCUGUAUCUCAUAGAAGGAGCAUCUGGAAGUGAAGCCAAGCUCUAUGCUUGCUGUCAUUUCAUUCACGUCUGUGUAUGCAUGCAAAGAGAUGUUUAAAUAAUGUCUUAUUUUCAUAUAAAUUUCAUUUGUAUACAGUACUAGUGUGGUUUCAUGUUUUUCUUAUGAGCACACAGUAGCAGGACAAAUGAUUAGUAAAUGCAAAUAUAAAUUAAAAGCACUGGUCUGUUAUUAUUUAUUUUUAAUUUAAGGCUCUAAUCUUUUAUCAAGGUUCAUAUGGUCAUGGAAAACCUGUUAAGGUCUAGGCCUGAAAAAGUCAUGGAAAUUAAUAAAAACUAAUUUGUUUUGGUCAUUUUUGAGCAGGAACACCACACGUGUGACUUUGUGCCAUUGUUUUUACAAAAUAAAAAAAUUUAAAAACAAACUUCUUAGUUAAACAUUAAAUCACACAAGUGCAAUAAAUAGUACAGAAUGUUUUCAUAUUUUAUUUAAUAUUGCCCAAAUUGUCCACAAAUAAUACUUUUUUCACUCAAAACAGAAGUACAUAAGCUCAGGUCAGUGAGGCCUACAAUCAGUAAGUUACAAAAAGAAAUGCAAAACCUGUGCAAAUUGAAAGAAAGCAAGUUGGCAAAAAGAUCUAAUCCAAUAUCCGGUGAUAAUA